AGCGGAGACGUCGCCGACGAAACAUGGCGUGUGUUUUGUUUGUGUGCGCGAGGAGGAUGGUUACGCGCGGAGCGUACGGCGGCGGCGGCGGCGGUGGCCUGUAAAGGUUCGCACGGGGCUUGAAUAUUUCGCGGCCUCGGGCAAGGGCCGGCUUGAAGAGAGAGCAAGGCGAAGAAGAUCGCAUGAGUGCGGGCGCGGUGCGGCGCGCGUCGCGAUGAACCCGACGAGCCUGUACGUGUCGACGUGUCGGCUGGUGUUGCAGGCGGACGCCGAGGACUCCAACUCCUGGACGGAUCUCUACAGGCUGGUGCCGUACCUGAGGCAAAGCCUCGGCUGCACCGUCUGCUCGAACCUGCUGAUCGAGCCGCACACGCCGACCGAGACCAACUGUCAGCAUCACGUGUGCCGCGGCUGCCGCGGCGGCCGCAAGAAGCUGAAGCCGUCGUGCGGCUGGUGCAAGGACUACGACAAGUACGUGGAGAACGUGCAGCUGCGGAUACUGCUGCAGUGCUACAAGAAGCUGUGCGAGUACCUGACCAGCUCCGGCAUCUACCGCACCCUCCUCGCCGUCAUCUCCGCGCCCAACUCCACCGCCAAUGGCGCGCCGUUCACCGUCGGCGCCACCAGCCUCAUGGAGCUCAUCCAGGAAGGCGCGGGCUUCAAGGACGAGUUCAAGAGCAACGCCGGCCUGUCCAAAUCCGCGUACAGUAUCCUACCGUGCGUCUACACCAGCACCACCUCCACUCAGACGCAGGGGAACAACAUUCAGACCACCGAGGCCAUGGCCCAGAGUAUACCCGAGUCGCCAACGAUUCGCACGGUAUCGAACGGAUCCUCCAUAUAUUCUGUGAUGUACGCCGGGUCUGGUAACAAAAUUACGAUAAAACGGAAAGCGGCAGCUACGGAAGACACGGAAAACACGGGGCAGCAGGAGACAGACGGGAGCCAGCACGGCUCUGUAGGAGGGGUAAAAUGCAUUCCGUCUUCCCACCUUAAAUAUGGGACCCCUUCUGAGAAAAAAUCUUCAAAGAGCAGCAAAUCUUCGGGCAGUUUUAAGAAGCCAAGGUCAAGUUCUGCCAGAAGUAAAAGGAAAGGCUGCAGAUGUGGUAAUGCCACCGCGAUACCUGGGAAACUUACCUGUUGCGGUCAAAGGUGUCCUUGUUACGUCGAAAGUAAGCCUUGCGCGGACUGUAGAUGUAGAGGUUGCAGAAAUCCUCACAUGGCAGAUGGAUUGAAGAUCCGUCCACAUAUACCUGAACUCCAUAAUUUACAAUUACAACUCUCCACUUCCUUGGAUUGCGACCCGCUAGGCGGGGAUCCCCUGGGAUCCGUGCCGCAGUGUCUCUCGACGUCUCCUACAACGAUACAAGUGUUAAAUGUGUAUUCUACCCCGAGAUUGGACAUUGACAAUGUACCGCAGGACUUACCUGCUGCCUUGUUAGUGGGAGAAGAUGCUAUGGUAAGUACUGAAAGUGAAGCGGAGGAUAGUGAUAUACAGAUCGACGUGUGACAAAGUAUAUAAACGGACACAUCGCGGAGAACUGUACCGUACCAGUGAUUAUGCAAGUGUGAAGGAUACACGUCUCGAGAUAGAGAAAGACAUAUUAUGUAAAUAGCUCAAUUAGAACCAUUAAAAGAAACAAUUGUGAGAAUCAAAAGCAUAAAACAUUACGAAUUUGCAAGGAUAAAUUAGUUUAGAGAAAUGUGUCUAAAAGAAUGGCAGUUUUGCGUAUGAUUUACCAUUUCAAUAUUUGUAAAUAUCUCAAUACAACACAAAAAUACAAAUUAUUAAGUAUAUAUAUUUAAUUGGAUGCUUAAUCAUGGCGACAGUCAAUUUUGCCUGUAAGAUUAAUCACUGUUAUGAUUUAGCAUCUACUAUUUUGUUAUAUAUAAUGCGUUAUAUGCGUUAGCGCUUCUAAGAAUAUGCGAACACUCGUAACCUGAACAUUGUUUAAUUGUACAGUACAAAAGGCAAGUUCAUUGAACAUGAGAACAUUUCUUGCGUAUUAAUUGUAUAUUAUGACGAUUCCAGUUUAUUAAUACAUGAAUAUGUUUCGUUUAUAUUCUGUAUACAGGAUGUUUUUUAAAUCACUUUUCUAUGUGUGUGUAUGUGCGCAUGUACACGCGCGCGCGUAGUCUAAGUUUACUGUCUCUAAACAAUAGGCUUGUUUUCUGUUCCUACACUAGUGAACUAGUGCAAUAAAUUGGAGUAAGACAAGCAUAUUU